UGCUUUGGCCCUAUCCUGGUUAAACAAGGGCGAGCUCGUGCAAAAAGAUGGGGUUGUUUACUCACUUGCCUGACCACCAGAGCCAUACAUUUAGAAGUCCUUACUUCUCUAAGUGCAGACUCUUUCAUUUCUGCUCUAACAAGGUUCACGGGACGCAGAGGUACUCCCAAACGCAUUCACUCUGACAAUGGAACAAAUAUGCUUGGAGCCACCCAUGAACUAAAGGAAGCAGUGAGCAGUUGGCAUAAUAAUAAUAUAGUCAGAGACGCUAUCCUCCGACGCCAAGUAGAAUGGCGAUUCAAUCCACCAAAGGCUUCGCACAUGGGCGGAGUAUGGGAACGCCAAAUCCAGACAGUAAGGAAGGUCCUUCAGGCAGUAGUAGGCUCCCAAAUACUGGAUGAUGAACGCCUUCAUAUACUAUUCUGCGCUGUGGAAGAAAUCGUUAAUGGAAGACCUAUCACUCCUGUGUCCGACGACCCCAACGACCUUACAGCACUAACGCCACUGCACUUACUCCGGACGGGAGCUGACUCCCUCCCUGUUGGCAAUGACCUGACUGUAGCAGACACAUACCGCCGUCGAUGGAAACACGCUCAGUAUAUAGCAGAUCAGUUCUGGAAAAGGUGGCUCAAGGAAUAUCUUCCUACACUCCGGCAAAGACGAGGACCCUUAAGAACUCGAUGCGACUGGCACCCUGGCGACAUCGUACUCAUCACGGAUCAACCCCUACCUCGAAGUCAAUGGAUGCUUGGCAGAAUACUAGAAGUGAUACCAAGUGAAGAUGGCUUUGUUCGCCAAGUCAAGGUGAAGACAGAAAACUCUGUUCUCACACGCCCAGUGUCCAAACUUUGCCAGUUAGAAGGUGUCCACCGCAACAACGCCCCAUGAGCAUGGUUUCGAGGUCCGAGUACCUCGACAGGGGGAGUGUUAUCGCCAACGAGAGAGAGAGAGAGAGAGAGAGAGAGAGAGAGAGAGAGAGAGAGAGAGAGAGAGAGAGAGAGAGAGAGAGAGAGAGAGAGAGAGAGAGAGAGAGAGAG